AGUGGCUGCUUUUUGAAGGGGGUGUAAGUAGUUCCAAAGCGGCUUUUACUUUUCAAUCAAUUCAGUUUCUAUUGUAAGAUUCAGAUACGACUUUUCUGUAGAUUCAGAAUCGAUCUUGCAUUCCAAAUUUUACAAUCAUGCCGCCGAAAGCGAAGAAGAAGACUCUGACGCUCCAUGAGUUCGCUGGAGACGAGCUCGCGAAGUCUGCCUUGCCCAGUGCCUCCGAGGGUCUGGCGUUGCAAAAAGGUUUACUUUGAAAAUGAUUUUUUUCAUGAUGCAUGAAAAAAAAAUCCAACAAAAAAAAUGAAGCAGAAAAGUGAAAGAUGGUGAGCACGGCCACGGCCGCAACAUGAUUUUUUUCCAUUAUGAACAAGGCAUCACAACUAUCACUGAAACCCUACAUCAGGCCCCAAAGGCGGUGGCAAGGGCGACCGGGACGGUGGGCGCAAGGGAGGGGACCGCUGGGGCAGUGGCGGGCGCGAUGACGGGGACGCCGCGGAUACAGGUGUGUGGCGCCGCGAGGGCGGCGGCUUCGGCGGGGACCGUGGCGGUUUCGGAGACCGCGACCGUGGCGGCGGUUUUGGAAGAGGCGGCGGAGACCGUGAUCGCGGGGGCGGCUUUGGUACUACAUCGAAGAUGUUGAUGAUUUUUCUGACUAUCGUACAUGUGAAAAUGAUUGGCUAAUGUUUUUCUUCUUUUCGUCUUCACACUGAAACUAUAUUGUGAGAUCCUCUUCAUCGAUCGCCAAUUCAUUGCAUGUUGGAGGCCCGCUCGUCGUUUGGAGCUUUGACUCUGUAUGCCGAGGACCGACAAACCGACCAGUACUUGUCUUAAGACCGUAUUUGUUCUUUUGCAGGGCGUCGGAAUGACGACGACGGAGAACAACUAGGUCGAGCAGAUACCGGCGACUGGUUCAAAAAGGAAAGUCCCCCGGGGGGUCGUGAAGACAACUUCGGUCGCGGCGGCGGCGCCGGCUUCGGCCGCACAGAGUCCUGGCGGGGUGGCGCCAGCAGCGGUCGCGACGAAGACUCGUCGGCACCCAAACAGCGUCCAAGACUCAAUCUCAAACCCCGCACGGUGGGAGCGGACUCCGCAAAGGACGGUAUAUAGCUGGUUCUUGUUUUCAACAUCUCCACACUAAUACAACUGACUCGUCAAUUUAUUCGGCAAAAGAAAGACAAUGAUCGGCAAACUUGCGUCGUGAUUGCAAAGAAUAUGAACAGAAAUGAAAAUAAUACUGACGUGCUUGUUCAAAUCUUUUUUUCCAACCACAGACGGCGACAACAAGAGCAAGAGCAAUCCGUUCGGGUCCGCGAAAGCUGUGGACAUAGAGAAAAAGAUGUCGGAGCGCGACGCAAACAAGGCGGACGAGGCCGACACCUGGCGACUCGGAGAAAAGCCGAAAGAAGGGGGCGGCGGCUGGCGUGACCGCGAGGCUGCUCGCAACAAGGACAGCAAGGGGGACCGACGUGGAAGCGAAGAAGGUAGUAACGUCGCAUUGACAACAUUUUCCGUGCAUUUUUGGUAGUAGCAGGAACAUCAAAGCGGUACUGCGUCUUCUACGUAGUAGAACCGAUUCAUAUCAUGCGAAGUUGUUACAUCCUCGCAUCCGCUUUUACUCGAAUCUCACUUUGCUUCACCCUCGAUCUUCACAUGGUUUCAUUUUUCAGGGUGGCGGUCCCGUACAGCAGGCGGCGGGAAGGGCGGAAAGGAGAAGAGUGAGAAAAAGGACGCAGACUUCGGUUCCCUUCGACGAAGCAACACCAAUACCAAGCCGGAAGGAGGUAUUACGAUGGGUAUAAUUUUGCUAAGUGAUGGUUCCAGCGAAUAAAAACACUUGCUUGUUUCAAGAACACAUGAUAGGAGUGAUUCAUAUUUUUUGGAUAAGUUUUUUUUCAGGACUACAAUCAGUCCCUCGAAUUAUUUUACCUGUACAUUCCUCCCUUUUUCUACUUCUCUCAGUCGACGACAUUCAAGAGGAGGCUGCGGACGACGGGUUCACCAUGAUAAAGACCGGGAAGCCUACCAAGGGGGUAGAGAUAUGCAUUGGAAAUAUGUCUGGGUCAGGAAAAACAAAAAUGCAAGUGGUUUGUCAUGCUCGGCUAGCAAGACUCUCAAAUGACUGUCAUGCACGUUACCCAAAAGCGGCCCCAUUUUUCUGCCAUGCAGAGACGCAGUCUGUCAUGCAAACUACGCAACUACACCUAGAUAGGCUCAGAAACUUCUUGUCAUGCUGAGCCACCUGCUGUGGUCUACUCCUCAUGAUACGCCACCCAGCUGCAACAUGAUAAGUUUCCAGCCCCAGACCUAUUUGCAAUGCAUAAGAGAAGGCUACCGACAAAACGGAGAAGCUCCCGGGGAAGACCGUGAACCGGUAUGCGGCGGUGGACUCGGAUGAAAAUAGCGAGUCCGAGCAGGAGGCAGCCGAGGAGGACGAAUCCGAGGAGCAGUCGGAGGAGGCGAGCGAGAAACCGGACACGGAAGGAGACGCCAAGGGCAAGGAAAGCGAGACGGAGGAGCUGUCGCAGAAAACCGAAUCGAAGCCGCUGUCCGAGUCCAAGCCACUGGUAAAGACCACCUCCACCAGUCAAGGGUCAAAGAGCGCCGGCGGCUACAUGCCUCCCGCGAAGCGUGCCGCUAUGGAAGCCGAGGAGAAUAUCCUAUUUAAAAACGUCCCCACCCCAUAGUCAAGAUGGGGAAUCGGCUAGACAAAUCCACAAGCUUUGGCUGUUUCGCAUGACAAAUCUGGACGCGUAGUGUAGUGCUGUUUGAGCUAGUUCAGCAGCACUACAGAUCUAGUCUCUCAUGCUGAUUGGAGCAUGACAAAUCUCAAAACACCAUUAGAAAAUGCCUCUCAUGGGGCUCCGCAUGAGAAACAUUUUCAGCAUGCAGAUUUGCAUUGCAACUAUGGGGUGGGGACGUUUUUACACAGGAUAGAGAAGAGAAAAAAAGAGCAGGAGGAGAAACGGGCCGCACGGGAAGCUGAGCUGGCAGAGAGGGCCGCAAUCAGAGCCGCGGAGGAGGAAAUGCAUGCGAAGAAAAACGCAAGUAUUAAACUGAUUCUGAUUUUUCGUGUUGCACGACAAUAAUUUGCAUACAACGACACUUGUCUUUCUUUUUGGCGCCCUUUUUUCAGCAAGUACUUACAUUAAUACAGUUUUACAAACAUUAAAAAUCGCAACAAUUUAUUGCAGUUCAAGCAGAGCUGGAUGCGCAGAAACAGAGGAAAAUGGAUGCGGGCUUCGAAGAAAGUGAAAAGAUGAGACUUGCCGCUGCGGAGGCAAAACGACAGAAACAGGCAGACGAGAAGCUUCGCAAGGAGCUCAUGAAGGUUCGCAAAACCAGGUUCACGACAAAUCACGACGCAGUGCUGAUGGCAAAAUUCGAAGAACAGGUACUACAUGUAGUCUAGUUGUACUAGUACUCACUGGUGCAUCAGCUGCGCCGCGGCUAUCGGAGCAAAAACCACUUAAGCUUUUGCAUAAGUACCAUGAUCACGCUGCGCUCUAAAGCAAUUCCAAAAUGGCUCAAUCGGAAGUAGAUGAAAAUUUCGCGUACUUUCAGAUUUAUAUUGAAGUUGGUCAACAUCAUGAGCUAUAAUAAUCUCUGCACGCACACUACAAACUAACUCCUUAUAACACAGUUGAAGUCCAGCUUUCCCGGGUCUUUGAGCGCGGAGAAGUUCGACGCCACGAACUUUUUCCCGGAGGGCGAAGUGCUGGAGAAGAACGUGUACUAUGCACUGCUGCUGUUCUGCCAGAAGAUUUUGUUCACCGCAUUCACGGAGGACGAGAUGAUCCAUUACGUGGAAAGCAGCAAGGCCGCGCUGCUGAAACUUUUGUCCACGGCCGGGGACAGCGUGAACGCGAUUGAAUUGCUGUACGCCAGCACGCGGGUGAUGGCGGAGAUGCGCAACCCGGCCACGAAGAAGCUCCCGGACUACAACGCGGAAACCGCAGUGAUUGAAUCCUUCUUCUGGGAGCUGUACUCCAAGGAGAUCAUCUCCGAGGAGGACGUGCUCACGUGGUUUGACGACGUCGACGACGACACGCCGGGGCGCAUGGACGUUAUCUUCCAGGUCACCCCCUUCGUCCACUUCCUCCGCCCGCCCCCGGAAGCGGAGCCCGGCUCCGACGAGGAGGGGGACGAAGACGACGAGGAGGACGAGGACGACGCAUAA